CAGGCACACAUGAUGGCUGAUCCUCGGGGUCCUGUAGACCAUGGAGUCCAAAUUCGCUUUAUCACAGAGCCGGAGGGUGCUACUGAGAUGGGUACCCUUCGUCGCGGUGGGAGACGCCCUCCUAAGGAUGCAAGAGCCAGUACCUAUGGGGUCGCUGUGCGUGUGCAGGGCAUUGCUGGACAGCCUUUUGUGGUGCUUAACAGUGGAGAGAAGGGGAGUGACUCCUUUGGGGUCCAAAUCAAGGGGGGCAACAACCGGGGGUCCCCAGGAACACCGAGCUCUGAUCCAGAGAUCCCUGAGAACCCCUACUCUCAAUUCAAGGGGGUUCCUGCCGCUUCUCAGGGCAGCACAUCUGAUGAGGAGCUCAAGGACCACUGGAAUGGAAGACUGCUCCGAUCCCAGUCGCAAGCCUCUCUGACAGGGCUUGCUUCUGUGAGUCCUACCAAUAGGAGCACCAGCUUGUUGGAGCUAGCCCCUGAAAAGACUCCCCCGGUUAACACCAUUGACACUGCCCCCUUGUCUUCAGUGGACUCACUCAUCAACAAGUUUGAUAGUCAAAUCGGGGGCCAGGGCCGGGGCCGGAUUGGCCGCCGCACGCGGACGCUUCCUCAUGAACAGCGCAAGCGGAGCCAGAGUCUGGACAGCCGGCUGUCACGGGAUACCCACGAUCGGGAUCGGGAACACCAGUCCCCCAACCACUGGACCCCUGGCACAAAGUAUGACAACCAAGUGAACAGUUCAAAGCAGCCAUCCAAGAGCCAGAGCCCUCUCAGCAGCUUUAGCCGUUCCCGGCAGACUCAAGACUGGGUCCUACAGAGCUUUGAGGAACCACGGGAGAAAAUACCGGAUCCCACCACGGUGCAGUUCAAAUCAACUCCAGACCUUCUCCGAGACCAGCGGGAGGCAGCACCGCCAGGCAGCGCGGACCAUGUGAAGGCCACCAUCUAUGGCAUCCUAAGGGAGGGAAGCUCAGAAAGUGAAGCAGCUGUAAGGAGGAAAGUUAGUUUGGUGUUGGAGCAGAUGCAGCCUGUGGGGAUGGUUUCUCCUGCUUCUACUAAGGCCCUGGCAGGGCAGGGUGAGCUUACCCGAAAAGUGGAGGAGCUCCAGAAAAAGCUGGAUGAGGAGGUGAAGAAGCGGCAGAAGCUAGAGCCAUCCAGGAUUGGGCUAGAGAGGCAGCUGGAGGAAAAGGCAGAAGAGUGUAGCCGGCUGCAGGAGCUGCUGGAGAAGAGAAAGGCGGAGGUCCAGCAGAGCACCAAGGAGCUUCAGAACAUGAAGCUCCUCCUGUGCCAGGAAGAAGGGUUACGGCAUGGGCUGGAGACCCAGGUGAAGGAGCUACAGAUCAAGCUGAAACAGGGCCAGAGUCCUGAGCCUGCAAAGGACAUUCUCAUGAAGGAUUUGUUAGAAACCCGGGAACUUCUGGAAGGGGUCUUAGAGGGAAAGCAGCGAGUAGAGGAGCAGCUGAGGCUGAGGGAACGGGAGCUGACAGCCCUGAAGGGGGCCCUGAAAGAGGAGGUGGCCUCCCAUGACCAGGAAGUGGAACAUGUCCGGUUGCAAUACCAGAGAGACACGGAGCAGCUUCGCCGGAGCAUGCAAGAUGUGACUCAGGACCAUGCUGCCAUGGAAGCAGAGAGGCAGAAGAUGUCUUCCCUGGUACGGGAGCUGCAAAAGGAGCUAGAGGAGACCUCAGAAGAGACAGGGCAUUGGCAGAACAUGUUCCAGAAAAACAAGGAGGAGCUGAGAGCCACCAAGCAGGAACUUCUGCAGCUGCGAAUGGAGAAGGAGGAGAUGGAAGAGGAACUUGGGGAGAAGAUGGAGAUUUUACAGAGGGACUUAGAACAAGCUCGAGCCAGUGCAAGAGAUGUUCACCAGUUUGAGGAGCUCAAAAAGGAGCUAAGACGCACCCAGGGGGAGCUUAAAGAGCUUCAGGAAGAGCGACAGACCCAGGAGGUGGCUGGGCGACAGCGGGACCAGGAGUUAGAGAAGCAGCUGGCCACGCUGAGGGCUGAGGCUGAUCGAGGCCGAGACCUGGAACAGCAGAACCUUCAGCUACAAAAGACCCUGCAGAAACUGCGGCAGGACUGUGAUGAGGCUUCCAAGGCUAAGCGGGCAUCAGAGGCAGAGGCCAAGUUGCAGGGGCACCGUCGGACAACAGUGGAAACCACACUACGGGAGACCCAGGAGGAAAACGAUGACUUCCGAAGGCGCAUCCUGGGUCUGGAGCAGCAGUUGAAGGAGGCCCGAGGCCUGGCGGAGGGAGGGGAAGCGGUGGAGGCAAGACUUCGCGACAAAGUGCAUCGCUUGGAGGUAGAGAAAGAGCAGCUAGAGGAAGCUCUGAAUGCUGCCCGGGAGGAGGAGGGGAGCCUGGCAGCAGCCAACCGAGCUCUGGAGAUCCGGCUGGAUGAGGCCCAGAGGGGGCUGGCACGCCUUGGGCAGGAACAGCAAGCCCUGAACCGAGCCCUAGAAGAAGAGGGGAGGCAGAGGGAGGCUCUCCGAAGGAGUAAGGCAGAGCUGGAGGAGCAGAAGCAUUUACUGAACAAGACCGUGGACCGAUUGAACAAAGAGUUGGAGCAGAUUGGGGAUGACUCCAAGCUAGCCCUGCAGCAACUCCAGGCCCAGAUGGAAGAUUACAAGGAAAAGGCCCGGAGGGAAGUAGCCGAUGCCCAGCGCCAGGCCAAGGACUGGGCCAGUGAGGCCGAAAAGAAUUCAGGGGGGUUGAGCCGGCUUCAAGAUGAGCUGCAAAAGUUGCGGCAGGCCUUGCAGACAUCCCAGGCUGAGCGGGACACAGCCCGGCUGGACAAAGAGCUGCUGGCCCAGCGACUGCAGGGGCUAGAGCAGGAGGCUGAGAACAAGAAGCGCACCCAGGACGACAAGGCUCGACAGCUGAAGAACCUCGAGGAGAAAGUCUCACGGCUGGAAGCAGAGUUAGAUGAAGAAAAGAACACAGUGGAACUGCUAACAGAUCGUGUGAACCGUGGCCGGGACCAGGUGGAUCAGCUGAGGACAGAACUUAUGCAGGAGAGAUCUGCUCGGCAGGACUUGGAGUGUGACAAAAUCUCCUUGGAGAGACAGAACAAGGACUUGAAGACCCGGUUAGCCAGCUCAGAAGGCUUCCAGAAACCCAGUGCCAGCUUCUCUCAACUUGAGGCCCAGAAUCAACAGUUACAAGAGCAGCUGCAAGCUGAAGAGAGAGAGAAGACAGUUCUGCAGUCCACCAAUCGGAAGCUAGAACGGAAAGUUAAAGAGCUCUCUAUCCAGAUCGAAGAUGAGCGUCAGCACGUCAACGACCAGAAGGACCAGCUAAGCCUGAGGGUGAAGACUUUGAAGCGGCAGGUGGAUGAAGCUGAAGAGGAAAUUGCGCGGCUGGACAGCCUGAGGAAGAAGGCACAGAGGGAGCUGGAGGAACAGCACGAGAUCAAUGAGCAGCUCCAGGCCCGGAUCAAAGCCUUGGAAAAGGAUGCCUGGCGAAAAGCUUCCCGCUCAGCUACCGAGGCAGCCUUCAAACAAGAGGAGCUGAGCUCUGAUGAGGAAUUUGACAGUGUCUACGACCCCUCAUCCAUUGCAUCACUGCUCACGGAGAGCAACCUGCAGACCAGUUCCUGUUAGUGCAUGCUCUGCUAAGAUGCCUGCCUCCAGAGUCUUCUUUUCCUAUGGGUGACCCAAUUCAGACUUUGGGUUGGGAGGGGUCAGAGUGUCGGUGAUAAACACGACGGUUAGCCACGAGCUGGUGGGUGGGCUUGUCCUUGUCACUGGAAGAGUGGGCAGGCCUGCUGAGCCCUCCUAUAGGUGCUGACCUCUCCCUCACAUCCUUAGAACGGGACUUAUGGUCGGAAAGGAUGGGUAUUGCCAUGUAUGUAGAGCUUUGUUUCUUUAAUAUUUAACCAUAUGGCUCAGGGAAAUGCCCAAUAUUCUGCUUCCUGGAUCCCUGCAACCUUUUUUCCUCCCAUUUUGAAGCAGGGGAGGGAACAUUAUGGGUAAUGGGCAUGCAGGCAUGGCUCUACCCACUUUUCAGAUACUUUUUUUUUUUUUUUUUUUGGUUUUUUGGAGACAGGGUUUCUCUGUGUGGCUUUGGAGCCUAUCCUGGCACUUGAUCUGCAGACCAGGCUAGCCUCGAACUCACAGAGAUCCGCCUGCCUCUGCCUCCCAAGUGCUGGGAUUAAAGGCGUGCGCCACCAAUGCCCAGCUUCAGAUACUUCUUUUUGCACAGUCAUGGGCCCAUGAGUAGUCACUAGCAUCUCUUCAGUUGCAAUAUUUUUGUUUUCUCCAAGUCACUGGGUCCAGGAGACCUCUCGCCUUCUUUCCAUCUUUACCAUCCCUGCCUUGCUGCUGUACUCUCAGUGCCUUAGCAGUGUGAAAUGAGGAUGCUGUUCUUGCCUUUGUAAACCCACACAUUCAUACCUCUCCAAAGACCAGCCUAUCCUCACAGGGGCCCUCAGCCUGUCCUCCUUCCCUAGUGACUGGGCAGGAGAGCGACAGUCUGCUCUGCCAACCAGCCCCCUGGGAAGACGGGCUUCGAUGGGCCUUGGUAAGGUGGUGGGAACUAGUUCCGCUCAGGGCUUUCAUCUUUCUUCUUGCCCUCUGUGACUGGAUGCUGCCAUAAAGUGGUUGUACCUGGGAACAUGAGGACUGUUUAUACAGGUUCUGAAAGCAAGCAUCUAGUCCUUGUGGCUUCUCUGACCGGAUGUGCCCAGCCUCGAUGGAAACCAACAGAUCCCUGCUUUUCUCAGGAAGUGGGCCCUGAUUCAGAGCUUUGCCUGGGAUUAGAAGCUGACUGUCAGUAUGAUGGGAAGGGGCAAUGGAGAAUUUAUUUCUCCUUUGAGUCAAUUUUCCGUGUGCCAAGCUCUGGGGGGUGAAGGUAACCGGUGGGGAUGGUUCACCUCUUAUUUCCAAAGUAAGUUCUGUUCUCAUCAAUCACUUGUAAUUUCAUGAAUUGAAAAAAAAAGAUAUUCUGUAAAUCAGAUAUUUUCUCCUAAUCUAAUCCAGCUUUGGUUUAUUUUAAAUUAAAUAUUAAAAUGGCA